AUGCCGAAAAGAAAACGAGAAACCACCGCCGGUCCCAAUCCACACCGCCGGCCGCUCGCCACCACCGCCACCGCCUCCCCUCCACCGGGAACACCUUCCACAAUGCUGAGGGAACCGCAGGCCCGAACAGAUAUCCAUGCUUCAGACGGACAGUUGAUACAGCCAGCUAUGGAUAAUAUCACUCAGAUUCCAAAAGAUGCUCAGGAUCUGGAUAACAACAUAAGGCUAGUAGCAGAAUGCAAACUCAAGCAGCUCCAGGAGCGUAAUCGUCCCAACUUCCUCCUGUCAUUAUCAGCAGAGCUCUCGAGUGAUGCAAGUCCGCACGAGUGCAGAUGCCUUGCUGGCAUUAUGCUGAAGAAUUCUGUGGAAGGAAAGUAUUCUGAAGAUAACAGCAUCCUCAUCGAACAAUGGAACAACCUGGAUCAACGUAUCAAAUCCCAGAUUAAGGAGUCAUUGCUGAUAACACUAGGAUCUUUGGCUCCUCAGGCGAGGCAUGCCUCAUCACAGAUUAUUGGCAGGCUUGCAUAUAUUGAGAUACCCUCCCAGGGAUGGCAAGACCUCAUUGGCAGAUUACUGCGCAACAUGGCACAGCAGGGUGCAUCUCCUUCUUCACUAAAGCAAGCAACUCUAGAGGCGCUGGAGUAUGUGUUUGAGGAGAAGACCUUGAGGUUCGAGAAAGACACAAUUAAUGGUGUUCUGGAUGCCGUCAUCCGGGCAAUGAACCACCAGGCAGAGAAAAGUUUUCAAGUCCGUGUUGCAGCGGUUAAAGCUCUACAGAAUGUUCAUAAGUUUGCUGACUUUGCAAGUGAUGAUGAUUGCAGAAAUCGUAUAAUGACUGCAAUAUCUGAUGCAGCUAAAUCUGAUGAAGCAGUGGAGGUCAAGCAUGCAGCAUUCGGCUGCCUUACUGCAAUUGCAUCCAAAUAUUAUAUGGAGUUAGAACCUUACAUGGAAACCACACUCAGCCUUACAACUGAAGCUUUGGGCUUGGAAGGAGUUGUCCCACUUGCAAGGCAGUUUAUCGAGGGUAACAUCAAAGUGGCAGAUUGGUGUAGUCGCAAGACAGCUAUUUCUGUACUAGGCGCUAUCCUUGAAGGGCCUUCUAUUGAAAAACUCGCUCCUGUGGUCGGUUUGUUGAUUGACAAGAUGGAAGACCCACACAUGGAGAUAAGAGGCACCGCUACAUGCACUCUUAGGCAGGUGUUUGAGCUUCUGCAUUCUCCAGCUCUUGAUAAAAGAUUUUUCACAACUGAAGACUUUCCUCGCAUCAUGGCUGCGUUGUCAAAGAGGGGUAAAGAUGUUCCAGAAGUGUCCAAGGAAGUGUGUGAAGCAAUAUAUUUUCAUGCCCGAGGUUAUGAUGUGCCAAUCUCAUCUGAGGUAGACCAUUCAAAAAAGAAAAUCUCAUCUGAACUUUCACCUUUUCUUAGUGGUGUUAUCAAUGCUAUCCUUUCUGCUUCGGAACUUGAUAAGAAGACCCCUUUCGGGCUUCCUGCAUCUGCAUCUGCUUAUGGCGCAUUGAUUGAGAUUGUGAGAGUAAGCAACAUAUGGGAUUUUGAAGCUGUAAUAGCUAUUAUGGAUUUGAUGCCUCGUAUCAUGCGAAGAUUAAACACAGCGCUUGAUGCCAAAGCAAUUUCAUCAGAUGACAAGACUAACAGGCAAAAUCUUCAGGCGUUGCUGUGUGACGUACUGCAUGCCAUAAUAGAGAAACUGGGCAAUUCACUUCACGCGGACAAGGUUAGGGAGUCUGCUCAGUCUAUGUUGCUUCAGUUUUGCCGUGUCCUGACCUGCGACUGUUCUACCGCACGCGAUAAAGCAGCACUUGCUAUUGGUGCUCUGGCUCGUGCCGUCGGUCCAAAGUUUCUGGAUCACAUGCCAAUAUUUUGUCAGUAUUACAGCGUGAAGCUAUUCUCCCCUAUCUAUUUAGAGGUGAUUGGCACUAUCUUUCAUGUCUUGGGAGAUGAAAUCCUGCCAUGCUGUGAUGAUAUGAUGGAUGUUCUUUACGAAGGUCUCUCAAAACCCAAGCUUAAACCUCAAAUUUUGGCAUGCUUUGGAGAGAUCGCUCUUGCUAUCGGCAAGCAUUUUGAGGAGUACCACCUGCAGGCUGUUAGGAAAAAGCUGAAAGAAGCUGCUAACCCAAGAUAUUAUGCCAAUGUCUCUGAUGAGGAUAAGGUUGAUUACGGUAACCAGCUUAGAGAGGGAAUAUGCAAGGCUUACUCUGGCAUAUUGCGGGGUAUAAAGGACCAAAAAUCUGGGUUGAAGGUAGCAGCGGAUCUAGUUGAGUUCAUUGAAGCUGUCUCUGAGGACGAGAGCAGGUGCACAUGA